UUGCUCCGUGAUUUCUAUAACGAACGGAUCUCGCAUAUGACCACCGACCACAUGACUGUCAAGUUCACGCCGCAGAUCUCGGGCGACAUCGCCGACAUGAUCGCGCACUGCCGCGACGCAGGCAACCUGAAGUACACGAACAUCGGCGACACCACUUCCACUUUGGACCCGUCCGCCUUCAUCUGGCUGCGCGUCGCCACGAACGAUGGCAUUGAGAAGGAGGCCCGAGGUGGCGCGUUCAACUGCGGCUACGGCUUCGAACAAACCAACCACCUCGCAUCCGUCGCGCGUGACCCCUCGGCGCGCUGCACCCCGAACGAGAUCGCGUUCGCCUUCCAGGUGUUCAUUGCUCUCACGAUGGUCACCAGCGCUGUGCUCACGAAUCGGACAGGCAUCAUCACGACCCAGGAGAAGAAGCUCGUCCGUUCCGCGCUCGCGAGCGACCUCAGCGAGAUCAUCUCGAAGGGCAUCUCCACAG